UUGAAUAAUUUUGCCUAUAUAUUAGAAGAGCUACCAUACGACCUUCUCCAACACACAGUUGACAAAAACAAAUCAAGAAACCAUGACAUUAUUCUCUGCUUCCUUCUGUGUUCUACUGCUUCUCUUGGCUGUGAACACGAUCGAUGCAAGAAAAGACCCAGGAGAGUACUGGAAGAGCCUAAUGAAGCACCAAAGCAUGCCCGAAACAAUCCGAGCACGCCUCAUCGUUGUUCCGGAAUCAGAAGAUGUGCUACCAUCAGGAGGGGAUUCAUCAUCAACCCUAAUUGAAACAAGUAAUUUGGAUAUUCUGCGUAAGUUUUUCGAUUUUGAUCCGGAUAAGAGAUCGGUCCGUCCUCAAUACAUUUAUCGUGGUGAAAAUCAAGACACGGAAGCAACAACAAGUACUAGUGUGGAUAUUUCGGGUAUGAAUCAAGAGCAACAAUUUGAAACAAAUAUGGAGGAUCGUUAUCUUUGGCUCUAUGAUCGGCCAAAGCAAGAGAGAGUAUAUGUUACAAGUUAUAAAGCCUAAGAAAAUGAUGUUAUGUAUACGAUGAGUGCCAUUGCCAAACACCCCCCUUAUAUUAGAUAGACAGGAUUUGUGUUCCUGUUUUAUUUGUUUUGUGAAUGCUUUGAAUGGUUUUUUUUUUUU